CGCAGCCCGGCGGCAAUCUUGCGCAUUUACGCAUCAGGUAGAAGCCAACAGCUCCCGAGCUGCUCUUUUUCCCACGGCCCCACCCGCGCGAGCGCCCUAAGGGGUCCGCGGUGUUCUGCGAUGGCCAGGCACAGCUAUUUGCUGAUUCUGGGGGCGCUGCUGCGCGCCGCCUGCGCCUUCGAGCUCAACCUCGUAGCCGAAGUCGUAGGGGGCGCGGCGGCGGCCUCGUGGGCGUUCACUACGUUUCAGGAUUCGCAGAGGAAGCAGGCCGUGAGCGCCGCCGACGCCGAGUCCAAGGAGCGCUUGGAAGAACGGCGGCAACGCGCCUUCAUCGAGCCGCGCGAGACGUGGCGGGAAUCAGAGCUCAAGCAAUACGACGGUACGGACUACGACGGCCCCAUCCUGCUGGGCGCGGACGGCAAAGUCUUCAACGUCUGGCGGGGCCGGCACUUCUACGCGCCGGGCGGGCCCUACGCGUCGAUGGCCGGCCGCGACGCGACGAGACAAUUGGCCAAAAACCGACUCGACGGCGACCCCGACUACGAGCCCGACGACGGCGCGCCCCUGAACCCCGCCGAGCGCGCGUCGCUCGCGCUCUGGGUGGCGUCGUUCGAGGGCAAGUACGACGUCGUCGGCAAGCUCGUGGACGGCGACUAGAGGCCCUUGCGUAAAAGAUCGGGAUCGACACUUAGGGGG